AUGCACCUCAGUUUGCUUGCUCUCGUAUUCGUUCGGGUUGUCACCGCUGUUCGGACAUUCACUGUCUACAAUGGCUGUCCUUUCACUGUUUGGCCUGCAAUCUACACUAAUCUUGCUGCUGGAACUGCGGUACCUCAGUACCAGACAGGAUGGCAAGCGGAUGCAUACACAACUGUGAACUUCAGCGUGCCAGAUGCAUGGACCUCUGGGCGUAUCUGGGGACGUCGUGACUGCACCUUUCCAGCUGGGAACACAUCGGCUAGCACCUGCUUGGAUGGAGGAUGCACUGGUGGUCUUUUAUGUGAUGUGAAUACGGGGACAGGAAUGCCACCUGCAACAUUGGCUGAAUUUUCCUUGGGAGGCACAACAGGUACAGACUUUUACGAUGUCUCCCUUGUAGAUGGCUACAAUCUCCCAAUCCGGAUCACACCAACAUCUGGAUGUGCAGUUGCCGAAUGUCCUUGGGACUUGGGACCUCUAUGUCCUACGACACUUGCCGGCCCCUUUGACAGCACGGGCUACCCUGUUGGGUGCAAGUCUGCUUGCAUCGCAGGUGUUGAUGGCAAUCCAUCAAAAUCGCCGAACUGCUGCUCUGGUAGCUUUAAUACCCCCCAAACAUGUCCAAGCUCAGGCGUUGCAUUCUACUGGUUUUUCAAAGGAUAUUGUCCCAAUGCCUAUGCCUAUCCUUUCGACGAAAGCUCUGGGACUGCCUUAUGGACGUGCCCAUCCAAUAACUUGGCUGACUAUACCAUUACAUUCUGUCCUGCGCCUGAUGGUGCCGAACCCAGUGUCUCUCCUCCAUCCACAAGUACAUCGUUUGCCUUCGAGAGCACGACUUCCUGGAUGUCUACACCCAGCUCCAUGAACAUCAUGUCCACUACGACAGGUACGACACAGCCUGCACCUGGCUCGGAUACCCUGCCAAAUUCUUCGGUAUGUAUAUGA